AGCAUCUUUCUCGGCAUCAGUGGCCCCUCCGGAGAUGCCUUUUUGGGGCUCCCCGGCCUGAUUUUGGGGAUGUGGCGACAUUGUGUGCGGCUCCUGUCCUGUCUUCCCUCCCUGGAAUACCCAGGUGAUAGCAGCAAACUUUGCCCAUAGGAUCGCCCGGCUGCGCAAAGCAGGUGUGAUAAAAGAUUCCAGAAACAUGACGAUCAGGAAAACUAACUCUGGUUUUUACUAUCAAGUGGGAUUAUAAGAAGUGGAACGUGCAGUCUUCCUUAUUUGCUCUUCCAAACAGCAUCUUCCAUCAUCUUUUUUGUCCAAGUAGCCUAGCCCCAAUAGAAAGCAGUAACUGUGUCCUGCUUUAUUCCCCCCAACAGGCUUAAUCGGUGGUUAUUUUUUUUGGUAGGUUACUGGCAUCCCAUUGGAAAAUAGAACACCCAACCAUCUCAUGUACAAGAAUACAAUACAGGGCGAAAUGUCCUUAAAUCUCUUCUGUCACGCGACAUUGUCUACUACAUUGACCCAAUCCCCUUCUCUGGCAUAAAGAAGGAUAACUUGCUUCCAUAAAGAAGAGAAAGGGGUAGGAUACAAGGAUUAGUUUACUACAAAAAUAAAAAACAAAACAAAAAGCAGGAAAUGGAUUAAUCCAAUUUUACAUUUUCGAAACCAGACAGUGGAAUAAGCUGUGUUAGCUGUAGAAAAGAAGCACUCCGAGGAUUUUACCAGCCUGUGUUGGAUUUACAAAUGCCAGGAAAGUAAGAUGGAGAGACUGCUAUAGAGAGAACAGAAGGAGAAAGGCAGAAGCCCUCACAAUUCCUUUAAAAGGAAGAAGAUCCAAAUAUCUGAGCCAAAAAGGCCCCAAUCACUGGGUAAAACUGGAUAAAAGUGACUUUUACUGACAAAAUGGCAAUCACCAUGACCACCACUACCACCACAGCAGCGGCAGCUGCUUCAGCAGCAGCCACCACUACAGUUACUGUCACCACUGUUGCAAUGAGUACAGCUACCUUGGACUUACGCGAUUGGCUUUUCCUGUGUUAUGGACUUAUUGCCUUUUUGACAGAGGUGAUAGAUAGCACUACCUGCCCUUAUGUAUGCCGUUGUGACAAUGGUUUUAUCUACUGUAAUGACAGAGGCCUGACUUCUAUCCCAGCAGACAUACCAGAUGAUGCAACUACCCUCUACCUCCAGAACAAUCAGAUCAACAAUGCUGGUGUCCCACCCGAGCUAAAGACCAAGAUCAACGUACGAGUUAUAUACUUGUACGAGAAUGACCUUGAUGAAUUUCCCCUUAACCUGCCCCGUUCACUUCGGGAGCUUCAUCUCCAAGAUAACAAUAUACGAAGUGUAACACGUGAUGCUCUCUCCCGCAUUCCAUUAUUAGAGAAGCUCCACUUGGACGACAAUUCCGUGUCCACUGUCAGCAUUGAGGAUGAUGCUUUCAUGGAUAGCCGGCAACUUCGUUUGCUUUUUCUCUCACGCAAUCACCUCAGCAGCAUUCCUAAUGGCUUGCCACGCACAUUGGAAGAGCUGAGGUUAGAUGACAACCGGAUCUCCACUAUUCCACUUCAUGCCUUUAAAGGCCUUAACAGCUUGCGGAGACUAGUACUAGAUGGAAAUCUAUUGGCCAACCAGCGCAUUGCAGAUGAUACUUUCAGCCGUCUUCAGAAUUUGACAGAAUUGUCACUAGUUCGAAAUUCACUUGCAGCCCCUCCACUAAAUCUGCCCACCAGUCAUUUACAGAAGCUCUACUUACAGGACAAUGCCAUUACCCAUAUCCCAUACAAUACUUUGUCAAAGAUGAGGCAACUGCAAAGAUUAGAUCUGUCCAAUAAUAACCUCACUGCUCUUCCUCGUGGCCUUUUUGAUGACCUGGAGAGUCUCAGUCAACUCUUUCUCAGGAACAAUCCUUGGUUUUGUGGCUGCAAUCUUAUAUGGCUGAGAGACUGGGUAAAAGCUCGAGCCUCUGUAGUAAAUGUAAGAGGAUUAAUGUGCCAGGGUCCUGAGAAGGUUCGGGGGAUGGCCAUCAAGGAUAUCACACAUGAGAUGGAUGAGUGUUUUGAAGGAGGACCACAAAACAAUGCAGUAUCCGCUCGUGCCACUCCUGCAGGAACUGUAGUCACUACUCCACCCCAGGGUUCCCUUUUUACUCUGAAGUCUAAACGGCCAGGUAUUCGACUGCCAGAGUCUAGUUUAGACUACCCCAUGGAAACUGGAGCUGGAACAAAAACCCUGGUGAUUAAUGUGAAGCCAUUAACCUCUGACAGCAUUCGAAUCACAUGGAAAUCAUCUCUCCCUGCAAGCUCAUUCCGACUUAGCUGGCUAAGGUUAGGACACAGCCCGGCGGUAGGCUCUAUUACAGAAACCUUAGUUCAGGGAGACAAGACAGAGUAUCUACUUACCGCCCUGGAGCCCCGCUCUACCUACAUAAUUUGCAUGGUAAGCAUGGACACAGCGAAUACUUACCUUGCAGAUGAGUCGCCUGUUUGUGCCAAGGCAGAGACAGCAGAUGUUUAUGGUCCUACUACUACACUUAACCGUGAGCAAAAUGCUGACCCCCUUGCUGGAUUGCCACUAGCAGGCAUUAUAGGAGGUGCUGUCACUCUCGUCUUCCUCUUUCUCAUUUUGGCAUCCAUCUGCUGGUAUGUCCACCGGGCUGGGCAACUGCUGACCCGUGACAGAGCAUACAGCCGUGGAAGCCGGAAGAAGGAUGAUUAUGUUGAGUCUGGUACCAAGAAAGAUAAUUCAAUCUUGGAAAUCAGAGGUCCUGGGCUUCAGAUGCUGCCUAUAAAUCCUCACCGGGCCAAGGAAGAAUAUGUGAUCCAUACCAUAUUUCCAUCUAACGGCACUAGUCUUUAUAAAAGUACCCACACGAUAGGAUACAGCACUCACAGAGGAUAUAGAGAUGGUGGUAUCCCUGACACAGACUACUCCUAUACAUGAUGAACCAUACUAAAAGGACUGAUCAGCUCCCUUACCCACAGUGAAAGCUUGUUUAUUCCUGUGCCCACAAAGAAUUCAUUAGUGAGAGAAAGAAUUAGAAAAAUAAACUUAUGCAGUGAGGCAUAAGGGGUAUUUUAAAGGAAAGCGAAAAAUAUUAAUAUCAACAUAUUAACAUAUGACUUGAGAUUAAAGAAGAAAUACGUAGUAGAUAUUAAAGCAAAUUGAAAAGGUUGUGGGAGAUCUAUGUUAUGUAUAGUACAUCAGUUUAAAUCAUUUUAGAACAAGAUAAAUUGCUCACAAUGCAAGUGUUUGAAUACGAUUUGCAUACAUCCCGAGGGUUCUUAUUUUUUCCUUUUGUUAAAUUCAGGGUGAAAAUUAAAACAUGGUGUGAUGAACAUGUUACAUUUGUCACCAACAGAACUUAUAUACUUUUUUCUGCAAGUUUUUUUUAGCAAUUUUUCUUUUUAUAUAUCACUUCUCUCCUGAUGGAAAUAAAUUUAAGGCAAAAAUAUGGAAGCAAAAAAUUUCAUUAUGGAAAUGGAAACAAGGGUUAACUUUUCAAUUUAAUCGUGAUUAGUUUAAGAGAAACUUGCAACAAUUUUCGUACUAUCAGUUUGAAAUAAAUUGUAUAAUUGAAAUAA